AUGUCUGGCGAGGAGGAAAUCGGGCGGAUGAUGAUUGGUCAGAGAGAUUCUUUGUGGGACGUGAUCGCGAAGUGCGACGAUGUGUGUUUCACGCACAUCCUUCCGAGAUUGAAUCGAACGGAUCUUAAAUUCUUGUACGGAGUGAAUAAAGAGACGAGAGCUUUGAUUAAAAGAUCGCCUCGCGCGGAUGAUGUGAAAAAUGCGUUUAAAGUGAGCGAGAUGUCGUCGAUAUCGACUUUGGAAGUAGCGUGGGAGAAUCGAUGGUUGUGGCCGAGUUACUGGGACGAAAGAAUUUUCUGCCGUAAAGUUGCUGAAACGAAUAAACUCGAGUUGCUCAAGUGGAUACGAGAGGAGAAACAGUGUGAGUGGGAUUAUGUGCCGAUUAAUGUGGCCGCACAAAAAGGUAAUCUGGAAAUGGUAAAGUAUUGCUGCCUCAAAUACUUACACGAAGAAGCGAAAGCGCCUUGGGGUUCGGGUACUGCAGAUUUGGCGGCUGAAAAUGGUCAUCUUCACAUACUCGAAUAUCUUGUUGAGCGUAAGUAUGAUCAAUAUUACGAAUUUGCGUGUGCAAGUGCUGCCAAGUUCGGCCACUUAGACUGUUUGAAGUACUUACACGAAACCGCCAAAGCGCCUUGGGAUUCGGGUACUGCAGCUUUGGAGGCUCAAAAUGGUCAUCUUCAUAUACUCGAAUAUCUUGUCGAGCGUGAAUAUGAUGAAUAUGACGAAGGUGCGUGUGCGAAUGCAGCCGAAUUCGGCCACUUAGACUGUUUGAUGUACUUACACGAAACCGUCAAAGCGCCUUGGAAUUCGUAUACUGCCAAUGGGGCGGCUUUAAGUGGUCAUCUUCAUAUACUUGAAUACCUUGUUGAGCGUAAGUAUAAUAUAUAUGUCGAAACUGCGUGUCAGUAUGCGGCUAAGUUCGGCCACUUGGACUGUUUGAAGUACUUACACAAAACCGCCAGAGCGCCUUUGGACUAUUUGGCCGUGCGAGAAGCGCAUAAGAAAAACCAAACCGAAUGUUUACGAUACCUCCUCGACAACUACGGCCCUUUACCAUAUGGUUGGCGAUACGAGCACGGAGAGUUACGCGUGCCAGAAUCAGAAGUAUUCUCAAGUUCCGAAUCAGAAUCAGAAUGA